AUGAUUCCCAUUCAAACUCGCCUGCGCGACAUGUCGCUACCAAAGGCCGCGGCACCCGUGGCCAGCACCGAUCCGGCUCAGGUCACCUUCAACUGGAGUGGCAGCUCGUUCGAGUCAUCUCCCAUGUCCAACCCAUUCGCGCCUCCACCAACACCAUGCGACUCUCUGCUCGACAUUCACCCACGCAAGUCGUCAUUCUCCAGUGAAAUGGGCGCGGCCUACGCCUUCCCAUCCUGGCCCAACAGACCAUCGCUCUCCAGCAACGACUCAACCGACUCUAACGCAAGCUCCUACCUCACAGACGACGACCUGCUGUGGAUGCCCGAGAACGCGGGAACCGAGCAAGCAGUAGAGGAGGCAGCCAACAUCGAUGCCGAACUCGCCCACUCCAUCACCCUGGAGCAACAGCUCCAGCGCAUUCGCGCCGCAGCGGCCGAGGAAGAGGCCCGCGCCAACUUCCUCGCGCGCGUCGAUGCCCACGCUCGCGCAACACAUGCCUUGCGCCUGGCCAAGGUGAACGUGACCCCGAUGGUGAAUGUCAACGAGCGCGACCUCACAAAGCGCAAGAAGCGUCGGGCAGCUCCUAGCCCGAAGCGACGCGCUCACUCGGCUUCCAAGGUGCUCUCUGCCUGA